AUAACAUAAAUAAUGUAUCAAAUUUUAAUUAGUGGAAGAGGGAGUCAAGAGUCAAGACACCAUUUCAAAGCCCCACAAACUCACCCAAUUGGCAUGGGUUUAUCAAUUUUGUCAUACGACCUAAGAGCACUGUAUUAGAAGUAAUAGGGUUUAACCCCCCCAAACUGCACCAAACCAUCUCGCAGUUCAUCUCCAAUGGCGUCCACACUCUCCAGAAGGCUACUCCGCGCCCUCAUUGCUGGCCCGAGACCGCCGUGCCGUCUCACGCGCCACCCUUCAACGCCCUAUUCGCUAUGCUCGAAAAGCUUCUCCUCUGAGAGCGAAGAUGAAUUGAGUGCUCUCGAAUCGGACAUGUCCGGUUCGGAAUCCGAAUCCGAGGCCAAAUCAGAUCCUUUCCCUUCAAAUCCACCCCCCGAAUCCAACCGGCAGGGCAGUGCGGGUGAACGGCCCCUUGAAAAUGGCAUGGAUCAUGGCAUUUACAAGGCAAUAUUGGUAGGUCAGGUAGGACAAGCUGCUAUACAGAAGAAACUGAAGAGCGGGAUUAAAGUGACUCUUCUUUCUGUCGGGACAGGUGGGAUUCAGAACAACAGGAGGCCAUUUGAUAAUGAGCAUCCUAAAGAGUAUGCUGAUCGGUGUGCUAUCCAGUGGCAUAGGGUAUCCAUUUAUCCCCAGAGGUUGGGGGACCUCGCUGCAAAGAAUGCUGUUCCUGGCUCAAUCCUGUACAUAGAGGGUAAUCUUGAGUCCAAAGUUUUCAGUGAUCCAAUUACAGGCCUUGUUAGGCGCAUACGCGAGGUUGCUGUACGCCAAAAUGGUCGGCUUGUUUUUCUUGGCAAGUUAGAUGACGCCGAGGGAUCAUCAAGAAAAGAAAUAAAAUCUGUUGGCUACUACUGAUGUUGGAUUUACCAAGAAUGAAUCAAUUCUACAUCACUCCAGAUUGUAUUUGGCAUCUGAUGCGUAUUUGACUGCGGGGAGUUGGGUAAUACAUCAUGAACUUUCUGGGUCUUAAUUAUCAAUGCAUAUUCAAUUUCCAUAUUUGUAUGAAUGGAUAAAUUACAAGUCUGGAGGAAACUGUUUAGAUUUCUUAACAGUUUUUUUAAAGCUUGGAAGUUGGAACCAAUUUGGUUCAUUUUUUUUUAUAUGGCUUUCGAGUAAAAUAAUGAUGUUUAG